AUGACGAUGCCAAACCGUCGCUUCACCCUGACCGUGGCGUUGAUCCUGCUCGCAGCUGCGGCUUGCCUAUGUUCCGUUACGACCGACGACGGAGCCUCGGCUUCCCACACCCCUGCCCGGAAGCGCGUCAUGCCGUGGAUGUGCCUCGAACGCUGCGGUGACAACUCCACCUCCAUCACCGCCCAACUUCAUGCCCUGGCCCAGCACCGGGAGCUGAUCAGCGGAGUGUCGUUCGAGCUGUUCAACUUGGGCGCCGAGGGCACGCUCGUGGCCAACAACCUCACCCAAGUCCUGCCCUUCCUCCAGACGGCGGGCUUCAAGACCUAUCCCAUGAUCUCGUCGUACCCUUAUCCUCCCCAGUUCCUGGAUUGGAUGCGCUACGUCUUUGACAACCCCAAGCCUUUCAUCACCACCUGCGUUCAGACCGCGGUGAAGGAAGGGUUCUCGGGCUACAACGUGGACUGGGAGCCGGCCUCGGGCGUGCCCACCGCCGACGACGCCAAGCGCUAUGCCCACUUCCUCACUGAGUUCGCUGAGGCGUUGCACGCGGCGGGCAAGGAGCUGACGGUGGACUUUGCCGGAUGGAGCACGAUUUGGGACUACGAGAGCCUCAACGCGUCCAAGGCCGAUCGUCUCCUGUGCAUGGGCACGUACACGCCCAACUUCGACAGUUUCCUGCGGCAGUUCCAAAAGGCCGUGGCUUCGAUCAGCCUCGACAAGCUGGGCAUUGGCCUCGAGACCGUCAACGAGUCCGAGAACAACAGGCCUCUCACCGACCAGGAGUGGGAGGAAAGGUUCGACAUGAUCAUCGCCAAGGGGAUUCAGGAAAUUGACAUCUGGAAGACCCCCAUCCCUGACAACAUGUGGAAGUUCAUCGCCAAGUUUGUCUACUCGGACACCUUUGCCUCCAGUGCCUGA